AAGAAACUUCAAAAAGAAUGGGAAAUUGUGGUUCUGGUGACGCCACCAAUAGACGUAUAAAUAAAUCCAUCAAAGAAGAUGAAAAGAGAAUGAAAACCGAAGUCAAAUUACUUUUGCUGGGUGCUGGAGAAUCCGGUAAAAGUACAAUUCUAAAACAGAUGCGUCUUAUUCAUGCAUCCGGAUUUAAUUCUGUUGAACGAGAAACAUAUAGAUCAAUUGUACUUUUGAAUAUCAUGGAUUCAAUGAGUUUGGUUCUUGAGGCAAUGGAAUAUUACAAAAUACCAUUUGGCGACCCUUCAAAUAUGCAUUACGUUUCGCUGUUUAAUACUCCUCCAUCCAUUUCUAAAAAUCAACCUUUUCCAGUAAAUUAUUUAGAACCAUUAAAAUCUCUAUGGAAUGAUAAUGGUGUACAAAAAUGUUAUAUGAUGGGUAACCAAUAUGCAUUGCAUGAUAAUAUGACAUAUUUUUUUGAGUCACUAGACAGGGUAUUUUCCCAAUCUUAUACGCCAACAAACCAAGAUAUCUUGCGUUGUCGAAUGAAAACCACAGGAAUUGUUGAAACCAUAUUUCAUCUAGGUCCAUUAACAUACAGAAUGUUUGAUGUUGGUGGUCAAAGAUCUGAACGAAAAAAAUGGAUUCAUUGUUUUGAAGACGUCACAGCUGUAUUGUUCUUAGUGGCAAUUAGCGGUUAUGAUCAAUGUUUAGUUGAAGAUAAAGAUGCUAAUCAAAUGCAAGAAGCUUUAAUGCUUUUUGAUUCUAUCUGUAACUCACAAUGGUUUGUAAAUACUUCGAUGAUCUUGUUUUUGAACAAGAUUGAUAUUUUCAAGGAAAAAAUAUCAAUAUCACCUGUCAAUAAAUAUUUUCCUGAUUAUACAGGCCCAAAUGAUGAUUUUAAAUCUGCAACACACUAUUUUAAACGUAGAUUUCAACGACUUAAUCGAAGUGAUUCAAAAGAAGUAUAUGCUCAUUUUACGAACGCCACUGAUACAAACUUGUUAAGACAUAUAAUGGGCAGUGUAACAGAGACCUAG